UUGAAAAAUUAAAGGGCAGUCCAAAACAUUCUUCAAAAAGGAAAGAAGAAAAAUGACUCCAAACAAUAAGCAACAGAGGUUAGGGUUUCACUAGGAAUUAAACCGAAAAAUGGACUCCAAUUACCGAAGCAACACCGGCACCGGCAAGUCAUCGGCGGCUGCUGCUCCCCAGCUGACUGGGGAGGCGGCGGCUGAGUUCCAACAAGGCAUCAAUUUACUGCUUUCUCGAUGGACAGCACUUCAAAUGGCCGUUCAGAGCGAGUGGGGUGGCCCCCAGUCUCGUCUUAAGUCCCAGCAACUCGAACUCGACCUCUUUUCACUUCUUGCUGGAUCCAAAGAGAGAGUAUAUAUGGAUGACGUGGAGGAUCUUCUUGAUGAUUCAAUGCUAUCUCUUGGUACUGAGAUUGCCGAUGGCAGUAUAGAGGAGAUAGCUGAAAAAUUGAUGUUUAUGCAUGAAGAAUGUUUGAAAGGUGAUUUUAGUUCCAUACAAAGGCUUAGGGCAACUAAUCCUCCACCAGGAGCAGCCACCCAUGUUACACAGAUACAGGCCAGCAGCGACAGCGAUAGUGAUGAUAAUGAAGACAGUGAUAAUGGUAAUGGGCCAAAUGAUGGCUCGUCAAAGAUGGUGGUCGAUGUUCCACAAUCCCAUUCUGUCAUGAAUAGGGAAGAAAUGAUGGUGGAUGAGUCUAUACCCCAGGAACCAGCUGAAACAGAAGAUGGAUGGACUGUGGUUGCAUCUAAGCGGAACAGAGUGAAUAUGAUGGAUAUUUCCGUGUGUGAUGAGACCGCUUCCAUAUUCAGCUUAAUUGUGCUUAGCCAUGACUGGUCUAGCUAGCUAUUGAGCAUGAGAAUUCACCCAAGAGCAGCUCAACUCUUGGUGGGAAGAGUUCAAAGCUGCAGUAGGAACUCUCUCUCAAUUCUGUUGUCCUGACACACUUCCAACUAUCACUGAAGGCAUACUUUCAUUGAGAGGCGCCUAGAGGUGCAACAGAAGAGAAACAAAGGGACAGGGGCAAGAACGGUUGCACCUGUGUGCAUCUUGCACACGGCGUAACUCUAUUUAUACAUGGUGUAACUUACUUUCAACAACGUGUAAUUUUAGAACAAAAUUUUGUGGAUCUUAUACAUAUUGUUAAAAAUGAGAUACAAGAUGAAAUUUGGACCGUAAAAUUUUUUUU